AUGGACUAUCAAAACCGCGCAGGCAACAAAGGCGCGGGUAUCGCCGAUGCGAGCCAGGCGGCGCUCGACCGGCGCGAGCGUCUGCGCAAGCUCGCGCUGGAAUCGAUCGAUAUUACCAAGGAUCCGUACGUCUUGCGGAAUUCGUCGGGCAACAUCGAGUGCCGCCUGUGCCUGACCGUGCACGCGAACGACGGUUCCUACCUCUCGCAUACACAAGGAAAGAAGCACCAGACGAACCUUGCGCGCCGCGCAGCAAAGGACGCCGAGGACGCGGAGCCGAGCCAUGUGCUGAUGGCGCCAAAGAACGAGGUGCCGAAAAAAUCGUUUGUGAAGAUCGGGCGCCCAGGCUACAAGAUCACCAAGAUCCGCGAGCCGUACGUCGAGGUGGCGACCGAGGCGGGAACGCAUCCGGCCGGCGGCCGCUUCGGCCUCUUGUUCCAGGUAAGCUUUCCCGAGAUCAAGGAGGGCGUCCUGCCUCUGUACCGCCUCAUGAGCUCGUUUGAGCAGCGCCAGGAGCCGCCGAAUCGCGCGUUCCAGUACGUGGUUAUCGCGGCAGAGCCGUACGAGACCAUUGCGUUCAAGGUGCAGAGCCGCGAAGUGGAUCGCGCCGAGACGCUGGUCGUCGAUGCGAUGCCUGCGCCCCAGCAGCACAAUGAGCCCGGCACUUGGAGCUUCUGGGACCCCGAAAACAAGCUGUACACGGUGCAGAUCUUGUUCCGCCAGUAG